AUAGAAAACCUCUAAAGCAUUGACAUAUAGCUCCACUGGUGGCAAAGCAUUUGAACUGUACCAGUGAGUUAGUAAGUGAAGGAAGUGGAUAUGUGUUUACCAGUAGUAGCAGCAGCUUUGAUGGUGGUUUUAGCAUUUUUCUUGAUAAGGGUUGUGAACUGGGUGUGGCUAACACCAAAGAAACUGGGGAGUUACCUGAGAAGACAAGGUCUCCCUGGAACUCCUUACACGCCUCUUGUAGGAGAUGUUAAGAGGAAUGUUAACAUGUUGAUGGAGGCAAGAUCAAAACCCAUCACUCUGACAGAUGAUAUCACUCCACGUCUCCUUCCUCUUGCCUUGAAGAUGUUCAACUCUCACGGAAGGACGUUCUUCGUAUCGCUUGGACCAGUUCCAACGAUCAUGAUAACGAAUCCAGAGCACAUCAAGGAAGUUUUUAGUAAAGUGUACGAUUUUGAGAAGAAUGCUUCAUUCCCUUUGGUCAGAUUGUUAGUAGGCGGGCUUGCUAGCUAUAAGGGAGAUAAGUGGGCGAGACACAGAAGGAUCAUCAACCCCGCUUUUCACCUUGAGAAGAUCAAGAACAUGGUCCCUGCGUUCUACCAUUGUUGCAGCGAGGUUGUUGCCAAAUGGGACCACUUAGUGUUGGAUAAAGGGUUGUCUUGUGAGGUCGAUGUUUGGCCUUGGCUUGUGAGUAUGACUGCGGAUGUGAUCUCUCAUGCUGCUUUUGGAAGCAGCUAUAGAGAAGGACAGAGGAUAUUUGAGCUACAAGGGGAACUAUCUGGACUCAUCGCACAAGAGCUUAAGAAGCCUUACAUCCCUGGACUGAGUUUUUUCCCAACAAAGCACAACAAGAGGAUGAAAGCAAUAGACAAAGAGAUAGACAUAAUACUGAGAGGUAUGGUGAGCAAGCGGGAAGCUGGAGAAGCAGAAAACAAUGAUUUGUUGGGGAUACUCCUUGGAUCAAGUUCAGAGGAAUCUGGAGGAAGUGGAAUGAGUGUAGAAGAGGUGAUGAGAGAGUGCAAGCUGUUUUAUUUCGCAGGACAAGAGACAACUUCAGUACUAUUGGUCUGGACAAUGAUUUUGUUAAGCCAUCACCAAGACUGGCAGGAACGGGCACGAGAGGAAGUGAGGCAAAUACUCGGUGAUAACAUUAAUACAAAACCUGAUAUAGAUUCUCUUAACAACAUCAAAGUGAUGACUAUGAUCUUUUAUGAAGUUUUGAGGCUAUACCCUCCGGUAGCUGAGCUUAGAAGAUCUGUAAACAAAGAAAUGAAGCUAGGAGAGAUUAUACUUCCAGCUGGUGUCAGAGUCUAUAUACCAACUGCUCUUGUUCACCGUGACCCUGAGCUUUGGGGGGAAGAUGCAGGGGAGUUUAAGCCGGAGCGUUUCAAAGACGGUAUCUCGAAAGCAACAAAGAACCAGGUCUGUUACUUACCCUUUGGGUGGGGACUGAGGAUCUGCAUUGGUCAGAGCUUUUCUCUGCUGGAAGCAAAGAUGGCAAUGGCAUUGAUUCUACUAAAGUUCUCCUUUGAGCUCUCUCCUUCUUAUGUUCACUCUCCUCAAAUAGUCAUGACCACUCGUCCUCAGUUCGGAGCACAUCUCAUCGAUCCUACACAAGCUAUGAUAUGCUUUUUGUAUUUCCAUGGUGGUGUCAUUAAGAAUAAAGUGUGCUUAUGUAUUAUUUGCUUGUUGUAA